AUGGCGGUAGGCAGCAUUGAGCUAGAGCUGUAUGCGUUGAGCAAAUUAUUGCAAUACAUGGUCGGUGGAUUAAACGCCUUCAGCUAUGACGACGAACUGGAGGUCAGCUCGGAGUGUGACGAAGAUGUAAUGCGUCAUCUACAACAAAGACCGCAGUGUAAAUACACCAAAUUUAGCAGCUAUCUAAGCGAAGGGACAGAGUACCACCAUCGGCCGUAUAACAAACUGCUCGACUACAAUGACAAACACACGGCGGCAGCGGGGGAAAUGGUGUUUAAUGGUGUUGACGCGCUGACGGCACCGAAAAACAGCACUGGUGCUCUCGUCGGCCCCCGAAUCGUCCGCCAGAUCAGUGUCUGCCAGCCAGACGAAUCGGACCACUCGGGUGGCAGCUGCUACGACGGCUACUACAAACAACACCGAUCGGCAAACAUUCUCAAGCAGCAGGCCAUCUACACUUCCCUGACGCUAAAGAACAAGAUGUCACUGGAGAGCAUGAGGGAGAACACCAAACUGGGCGGCAAAGACCUCAUCUCAAUGGCGGAGAAGGGCAGAAUCGGCAAGCAGACGUCCACUGAGGCGUCCAGUGAGGCGGGCAGCAAUGAGGAUUCGCUUCUCAUUGACAAGAAGACACACAUUCUUCGCCGGCUGAAGAUGGCCUCCAGUGAGACUGAAUCGACGCAGUCCUCCAACCUGCCUGACUUCAGCCCCAACACGACCAUUUCUGAGCCGAACAUGUGCAACUCAAUCAAGGUGGGCCGCCUGGAGGCGUCAUUUGCCUAUGACGCACCUUCCAAACGAAUAUGUGUUUCUGUGAUUCAAGCUUGUGAGGUACAGCCAUACAAGGCCGAUGGUCGAGUCGGUGUCAGUCAGGUUUACGUCCAAGUUCUCCUACUUCCUCAGAAAAAGGCAAAAUUUCGAACCAAGUCAAAGCCCAUCUUUUGCCCCAUUUUCAAUCAGACGUUCACAUUUAAUCGAAUCAGCCCAGAUGAAAUUAUGAACUCGGGUUUGCGUUUUCGAGUGUACUGCUCACGUCAUUUGAUCGGCGAAUCUCGGUUGUUGUUCGCGUGUAUGAAGCCGCAGCAGCAGGAAACGAAACUGUGGUUCACUCUGGAACCACACAAGCGUAUUGCCGCUGAUUUGCGCUCCGAAGUGUCAAGAUCAAGCCUCGCUCACACUGACAGUACUUCGUCGCAGUCGCUUCACAAUACAUCACCUGAAUUGCUGCUCGGCCUGAGUUACAAUGGCGUAACUGGUAGACUGAGCGUAAUCAUUAUUAAAGGAAGCCAAUUUCGAAGCAUAUCUACUCGGGCACCAGACACCUUUGUCAAAAUUACCUUGCAGUCGUCAAGUGGCCAGGAGAUUGCACGAAGUAAAACGAGUGUCAUUCGCGGUCAGCCAAAUCCUCACUUUAAGGAGACCUUCAUCUUUCAGGUUGCCCUCUUUCAGCUUCCCGAUGUAAGACUGACAAUUUCAGCGUACAACAAGCGAAGCAUAAAGCGCAAAGAACUCAUCGGGUGGAUUACAUUCGGCAACAAUAGCGGUGAUGAAGAGCAAAGCCACUGGAAUGACAUGCGUGACAGCAAGGGAGAACAGGUCUGUCGAUGGCACGUGCUGAUGCAGUCGUAA